AUCUGAGCUCUACAAACUCUCUUCCAUUUAUAUCUAAACUUUUUUACACCGAGGCAUCAGCCAGAGACAAGAGUCCAAGGACAAACAAGAGAAGACUCAAUAUUUUUGUAACACAGAGAAAAAAUGUUGUGACACUGGGGAAAGGGAAGGGUUGCGGUAAAAGUCUACGUUGUCAUAUAAACCUGCAUUCGUGGUGUUUUGCUGCACUGAGGCGUCCCCACUAAAAAACCUUGCUCUCAGAUCAAAACCAAAAGUCUGAGAAACAUCCAGGAUAAACUGAGGUAUGUGAUCUCCUCUAUCAAGUACAAAAACAUGUCACAGAGCAGAGGAAUCUGGGAAGGAAGUGGGAAGCAGGUGCAAUGGUUUAUUCUCGCAUACCUUCUCUUUCUGACUUUACCCUGCAUGGGCUUCCUCCCCAAUUUUUGGUCCAAAGUGUUAACUCUGUCCUUGAACUCUUACACACAUCAGGACAUUACAGAGCGGGCUAUCCUCAAUGUAACUCUUGAAGUUUUGAGGGGCACAACAAAAGUCAUGGAAGACCGUGCAGAGCAAGAGACCAGACUAGGCCGUGGCUUCUGGAGAGCUGUAGGGGAGGUGGUGAACUCCAAUGCAGCUACGGACUUCUUGAGCGCCACCAGUUCUGAUCCAGUCUACCACUUUGAUUCUGAGCGCGUUGACGGCUCCAUUGGGAUGUUAAGGCAGUUCUGGACUCAAAUUGUGCUGUCAGUACGGGCCAAAGAGUACCAGAGUGCCCGUUACAGCUUGGGUCAGCUAUUCCAUUCUCUACAGGAUUUCUACAGUCACAGUAAUUGGGUGGAGAUAGGGAAAAGAUCUGUUUACCUGCAUCUGCUGCAACCAGAGGAACCUGCCAUCCCUGUAGCUAAAGAGGACACUCCUACCUGUAUGGAGUGCUUUACAGCCACCUGUCGAAACAACCUCUUACCAGCAGUGACAAAUACACAGGAAAACUCCAACCUGCUCACCACUGGCUACUUCAGCACCUCCCCUCGUAAACCUAAAGGCAAGUGUAGCCAUGGAGGUGUGAUGGACAUCAGUACAUUUCUGAGUGCCAGAGGAGGAAUCAACAAAGACAGCACUUCACCACUUUUCUCCCCUCACCAUUAUCUCCAUGUUGAAGCUGUAACUUUGGCUACUGAAGCCACCCUGACUGUACUGAGAGACCUCAAAGACACUGUGGGCCACAAGGCCUUCCUCAAGCUGUUUAGUGUGAAGCAGGUCCCUGCCUUGGUGUUUGUCAUUGACACCACAGGCAGCAUGUUUGAGGAGAUCACCGCCGCUCGGCUCAGGGCCUACUCCAUCAUCCAGAGCAAAGCCGAAAGUGCCAGGCAGCCCGGCACGUUUGUACUCGUGCCUUUCCAUGACCCAGAGGUAGGACCGGUGUUUGAGGCCGAUGACCCAAACUCCUUCAUGCAACACAUGGAGAACCUGAUGGCUCUCGGAGGAGGAGAUGAACCGGAAAUGUGCUUUUCUGCUAUUCAGUUGGCACUCACGCACAGUCCACCCCUGUCAGAAAUCUUUGUAUUCACUGAUGCAUCGCCUAAAGACGCUCAUCUGUUUGACACAGUGAAGGCCCUCGCCCUUGAGAAACAAAGCAAGAUAACAUUCCUCCUCACUGAAGAUCCCAUCUAUACGACUGGGUUGAAGAGGAUGAGGAAGAAGAGGAGGAUUAAGGAGCCUCUGUCUCCUGAUCGUUUCUCUCUCUACUCUGCCUUGUCUUCUCUGUCAGGAGGACUAACAAUAUUUACCACAAACUCGGACAUCCACAGGGCCUCUACAAUAGUGGAGGACAACACGGCCAUUGACAAGGUGACACUCCUCCAUGUGGAAAGCGACAAAUAUUUGAUGUCUGUUCAUUCCUUCAGAGUUGACAGCUCAGUAAAAGACGUCAUUCUUCGCAUUACCGGCACAAUGACAGAGUGCAUCCUUACCAGUCCAUCAGGCCAAAAUCAGUCUUUGUUGAGAGCACAUGGUCCCCUGGCUGAGUUGGAGCACUUCCAGGGUCUGUACCGUGUCAGCCUGAGUCCUCCUGUAGAGCCUGGUCAGUGGAAACUCCAAGCCAAGAGUGAUGGACACCUCACAUUCAAUGUAAUAGCUGAUAGCAGUGUAGAUUUCCUUUAUUACUUUGCCACUGUCAACAAUAAGACACACCCAGGUCUGGCGAAAGUGAAGGGUAGUCCUGUAGCAGGUUUCCCUGCUUUCCUGGUUCUGGCUGUUACCGGCCUGACUUCAGGUAACAAGGUGUCUUUCAGUCAUGCAACGUUGCUCGGGGCUGAAGGAGAAAGCCUUCAGCAGGUGAAACUGAACCCCUCCUCCUCUUCAUCAUACAUCUCAGAGGAGCUAGUGGGCCUGGUGGACCCGGUUCCCAAAGCUCCUUUCUGUGUUCGAAUUACGGGGCAAGACAGCAGAGGAAACACGAUGGAGAGGGUUUCCACAGAGAUUGUUCAGCCCACUCGUGUUCAGAUACAGGUGUUGUCAGUCCCUCACCUUGCACCAGGUCACAGCACAAAGGUGGACUUUGAGAUCCUGAACCAUGGUCCAGCUCGACUCUUUAACUUGACUGCUGAUGAUGACUGUGGAUAUCUUCAAAUGAGAGUAUCACACGGAUUCCCAGUUGAAGAACAGGGGUCUUUCCAUGGCCAGGUGUACCUCCUCACCCCGGCCACAGCUCAAGCAGGAAUGACUGUCACGCUUACACUCACCGUACAUGCUUUUAAUUCUCCAGAUUCCAACUAUGCAGUGGUCUACUUGACCGUGGUCCCCCCGGAUCCUGACACAUCUCCACCAUCCUGCUCUGCUGCACGCAUUGUGUCUGACUGCCCCGCCAUUUGCAACGAGUCCAGCUGGAGUGUGUCUGUGGUCCUGUCAGAUAAUGGCCGCUCUGGCCUUGCUGCCCUUCAGCUGCAAAAGGGUGAAGGUGUUCUGACUUUAUUUCACAGUCCUCCACUCCCAAAGCACAGCUUUGAAGAGGUCCAGCCUGGCCCUGAGCAACAACAGGUUCACAAAAACAAGACAACCAUUGGCCACCAUCAGCACCAUCACCACCACGCCCAAUUAAGGACAGGAGAACCCCCUUUUAAUGUUUCUCAGUGGGCUCUGGGUUCAUCGCAGCCACUGUGGGUGAGGUACACAUCCAGCUGCUGCUCAAGCCAGGCAGAGAUGCUGGUGUGGGACACAGCUGGAAACAUGAAACGCUGCCAUAUGACAUCUGGUCAGCAGUGGAAGCAAAGAGAAACAAGCACAGAAGCCAGUGGGACUGAACAGACCACUCUCACAGGCUUCAUUUUCAUUUUGGGCUUGCUGGGGUCUCUACUGAUGUAGCCUGGUGAUUGCAAAUAUUUUGCUAAUCAGAAUGAUCAGUCUGCAAUGGACUGGCAACCAGUCCAGCUGUACCCUACCUCUCACCUGCCAAUUGCUGGGAUAGGCUCCAGCUUCCCCACGAUCCUUAAUUGGACUACGUGCUAAAGAAAAAGGAUGGAUGGAAGUUGUUAAUGUUUUCUUAUACAGGAAAUGCUUGUUUCUAUAAUACCGUAACCCUUAAUUGGACUCAGCGGUACAGGAAAUGAUUAAAUGAAUUAAAAUGACUGUGUUACUCAAUGGACUCAUCGAGAAAUCAAAGAGGACUUUGUCCUGUUUUUGGAAGAUGAAUUUGGAAAUUGCACUUAAAGCAAAUACAUACUUAUACUGUUUAAGUUUGCAAAUCUUAAUUUUGAAAUGCACUGAAUUAAAGAAAAAUAAAAUCCAUUGUUUGUUAGUAAAAUUAGUUUUUUUUUCUUCUGUUAGUCAU